AUGACCCGCUCUCUCCAGAGCUGUUCUAAUGAAGCCUUUUCUAGGUCUUCUCUGUCCAUCAUGGACCUAGUUUUCGGCAUUCUACUGCCCGGCACGACUCCAAUCAGGAUUUUUCGGCCUCUUCAGCCCGACGCGGAUUUGAAAAAUCCGUUAAGACCAAGAACAGUUGAAAAUAUUUUGGAAGAAAUUGGAGAUAUUAUUUCACAUCCUACAGAAAGAAAUAAUUGUCUUACUGCAAGCCAGCAGUUAUUACUUGUAUUAAAUUUUUAUGCAAAUGGGUCUUUUCUGAGAGUGGCAGGAGAUUCUGGUGGAGUUAGUACAGCUACGGCUAGCCGAGUAGUGGCAAGAGUUUCUAAAGCCAUAGCUACUUUACGUCCGAGAUAUAUAAAAAUGCCUGAAGGUGAUAACGCUACUGAAGUAAAACAAGCAUUUUAUAAUAUCGCCAGAUUUCCAAGAUGUAUUGGAGCAAUAGAUUGCAUCCAUGUGAAGAUACAAUCACCAGGUGGUAAUAAUGCUGAAAUAUUCCGCAAUAGGAAACAAUUCUUUUCUUUAAAUGUACAAACUGUUGCGAAUCCAUUUCUGAAAAUAAGAGAUAUAGUGGUACGGUGGCCAGGAUCUUCUCAUGAUAGCCACAUAUUUAGAAAUUCUGGUUUAUGUGCUGAUUUAGAAAACGGACGUUUUGGAGAAAGUGUAUUAGUUGGAGAUAGCGGUUACCCAAUAAGGCCUUAUUUAUUAACACCUUUGCAGCAAGUAAGAAAUAAUGCUGAGGCACUUUAUAAUGAAUCAUUAGUUUGUACAAGAAAUGUUGUAGAAAGAUCAUAUGGAGUAUGGAAGAGGAGAUUUCCAGCAUUAGCAAUGGGAAUAUGUUUAAAAUUAGACAUAAUUCAAGCUAUGGUAGUAGCUACAGCUAUUUUACAUAAUAAAGCCUGUGACGAAAAAGAGAGGGUACCACCAAUAAAUAACGAUCAAGAAGUUGCUAUUAAUAUAGUCAAUAAUAUUCCUGUGCCAAAUGCUGAAUAUAGAAUUGUUAGAAUAAAUGAAAACAAUCAAGCGAAUGGCCUAAUGGAUUGUGUUCGACUGGUGAGAAAGUCUGUGGUGGCGACGGCGAUGCUGGUGCGUCAGCUGACCGUAGCUGUACAUCCUACGUGA